CUCAUUACUUCGGUGGGCGUCACACGAGCUCCACCCUGACUGGCGGGAAGGGCGAGUGAGGUAUCAGAACGCGUCAGGCAUUCUAUGACUACAUGGCAGAUUCCUAAAAGCCUCUCCACAUUCACUGGAUCAUUCUCUCAGAGAUCACGCAGCCGAAGUCAUGGAUGUUUGCUUUCUUCUCCUUGUGUCUUUUCUCUCCGUGUUUCAUUUCAGCAGUGCUGACCAGCCUUUGGAGGAAACAAUAGUUGUAGCAAGAAAUGUAGAUCUGCUCGGUGGCUGGACCGACGCCAACCCAGAGAGGGAAGAUGUUCAAGAAGCUGCUAAAGAAGCUGUAGAGUCAUUCAACACGAAGUCCAAAGCAAAGAAAUACUUCAAACUUAUCAAUAUUAUAUCGGCUCGCACUCAGGUAACAAAUAUGAUAAACUACAAAAUAGAGGCCACUAUUGGAAAGACAAAAUGCCGCAAAUCCAAAGAUGCAAAUAUUGAAGGUGCAAAUAUUGAGGGUUGUGGCAUGGCAAGGAAGCAACUGGCAUGUAAGUUUGAAGUAACCCUUAACCCAAGGAAUGAUGACCAUGAGGUGCAGAAGGUAUUCUGCAGAAGAUCCUCUUGAAUUUCACACGGACACCAAGUUGCCACAGUUUUGCACUUUUGGAUAGUUGACCACACAUUCUUUUUCUUGACAUAAACAUUUUUUUGUGAUAUAUAGCUUAUGUAGAAUGGAUAAUUUUUGUAAAAAUGCCUAACAUGGAUAGAAAAAAACUCCCUUUGAAAGGAUUUUUAUAUUUUGUUAAGUACCUAAAAAUACUUUCGUUUUUUUAUAAAAGGUGAUAAUUUUAUAGUAAAGUGAGAUCAGUAUUUAUAUUUAAACUAUUCAAAAACAAAUUAUGUAAUGACAGAUAUGUUGCCAAGAAGAAGUGUUUUAAAGUUAUGUUUAGAAUCUGCUAUUGAUAUACGUUUUCCAGAAUUCUACAGUAAGCCAGUUGGAACUUAUGAAGUCAUUUUUCAAACUUUUUUUUUUUUUUUAUAACAUUUCCAAGAAUACAAUCUUGAGAGCAAGCCACAGUAGCCUAUAUAUAGCAAUAUAGCUAUAGUUAAUUCACAAAUAAACUGCAAAUCAAAUACCA